AUCUCCACUUUAGUUCUAAUUGUCUUUAGCCAAGAGGCGGGCCCUACUGUCAGCUCUACUUCUUGUGACCCCUGUCUGCAUAAAGGCAUUCAGUACAGAGGAAUGGUGACAGCUGAGGGACACGGACACUAUACAUAGCCGCAGCCAUGAAGGAAAUCAUGGCAAGAGAAAAGGAGAAGCUCCAGUGUCUGAAGGAUUUCCAUAAGGACACACUUAAACCAUCACCAGGAAAGAGCCCGGGUACCCGACCCGAGGAUGAGGCUGAAGGGAAGGUCCCUCAGAGGGAGAAGUGGGCCAGUAAGCUCGACUUUGUCCUGUCAGUGGCUGGAGGCUUCGUCGGAUUAGGCAACGUGUGGCGUUUUCCUUACCUUUGUUAUAAAAAUGGUGGAGGUGCAUUUCUCAUCCCUUACUUCAUCUUCCUGUUUGGGGGUGGCCUGCCCGUGUUCUUCCUGGAGGUUGCGCUGGGCCAGUACACCUCUGAGGGGGGGAUCACCUGCUGGGCCAAGCUCUGUCCCAUCUUCACUGGUAUCGGCUAUGCUUCUAUUGUCAUCGUCUCUCUUCUGAAUGUCUACUACAUCGUGAUCUUGGCCUGGGGACUCUACUACCUCUUUCAGUGCUUCCAGCCCGAGCUUCCGUGGGCAAAAUGCAACCAGCCCUGGAACACGGAGAACUGCAUUGAGGACACAGUCCGCAGGAACAAGAGCCUCUGGAUGGCAGCCAACCAUACCAACUUUACCUCCCCUGUCACAGAGUUCUGGGAACGUAAUGUCCUGAGUAUCUCCACUGGGAUUGAAGACAUCGGGCCACUGAAGUGGGAUCUAGCCCUGUGUCUCCUGGCAGUGUGGAUUAUCUGUUUCUUCUGUAUUUGGAAAGGAGUCAAGUCCACAGGGAAAGUGGUGUAUGUAACGGCAACAUUUCCAUUUGUGAUGUUAAUCAUACUGCUGAUUCGUGGUGUGACUUUGCCUGGAGCCGCUGAAGGGAUCAAGUUUUACCUUUACCCUGACCUUACUCGUCUCCAGGAUCCAGAGGUUUGGAUCGAUGCAGGAACCCAGAUUUUCUUCUCCUAUGCAAUUUGUCUGGGAGCCAUGACCUCGCUGGGGAGCUACAACAAAUACAAGUACAACUGCUACAGGGACUGUUUGCUGCUGGGAGGCCUCAACAGCGGUACCAGUUUUGUGUCUGGCUUCGCAAUAUUUUCCGUCCUGGGCUUCAUGGCACAAGAGCAAGGGGUGGACAUUGCCGAUGUGGCAGAGUCAGGUCCUGGAUUGGCCUUCAUUGCCUACCCUAAAGCCGUGUCCAUGAUGCCGCUGCCAACCCUGUGGGCCAUCCUCUUCUUCAUCAUGCUGCUGCUUCUGGGCCUGGACAGUCAGUUUGUUGAAGUGGAAGGACAGAUCACCUCUAUUGUGGAUCUCUACCCAUCUGUUCUCAGGAAGGGUUACCGCAGAGAGAUUUUCAUUGCAACUAUGUGUUUCAUAAGCUAUCUCCUGGGACUCGCCAUGGUGACGAAAGGUGGCAUGUAUGUGUUCCAGCUCUUUGACUACUAUGCAGCCAGUGGUGUGUGCCUUCUGUGGGUUGCAUUCUUUGAAUGCAUUGCUGUAGCCUGGGUUUAUGGAGCUGACAAUUUCUAUGACGCAGUUGAGGAUAUGAUUGGCUACAGACCAAACCCAUGGAUGAAAUGGAGCUGGACCAUAAUCACUCCUGUCCUCUGCAUGGGCUGCUUCAUUUUCUCUCUGGUGAAGUACAAGCCCUUGACCUACAACAAGGUUUAUGAGUAUCCUGAAUGGGCAGUUGGUCUGGGUUGGUGUUUGGCUUUGACCUCCAUGAUCUGCAUCCCCAUGGUGAUGGUCAUCAAGAUCCUGCAGUCUGAGGGACCUCUGAUUGAGAGAAUCAAAGCAGUGGCAGCUCCGGCAAAGUCAGACGUGAGCUCUCGCCCGAAAGAGUACAGUCUGAAGUGCAGCGAGCUGACACAGCCCCUGGACCCAAACGGGAACAAUGGCUUGAUCAAGCCCACCCACACCAUUAUAGAAACAAUGAUGUGAGCGCUCUCUGUGAGAGGAAUUCGACUGAUGUGCUUACUGUUAUAUUUGCUAACUUUGAUAAGGGUAGGUUUACAUUGUUCAAUAUAGUCAUGUUAGAGAAACUCUGGUUUGAUUUUUAUUAAGAUAUAUAUAUAAAUUUAUAUAUUGUAAUUCUUUUUUUUACUAUACUGAUAUUGUUGAUGUUACAAUUGUCACUGUAGUUGGCACUGAUCUUGGUUUGGGCAGUAUUUUGAGAAUUUUUUUUUUAAUGUUUACUAUUUUUCUGUUGAUUCCAGAGAGAUUGUUGGGGAAAUUGUGUUUUGUUUUAAUGGGAAUAAAUGGGUAAUUACCUAAAAACAAACAAACAAAAAAAAAUUGACCUAAUGAUCUUGUUGCCCUUUUUAAUUCCUAAUUUUUCUUUUAAGCCACAGGAAAAAUAAAUGCAUCUCCAUUUAAAAAGCAAUAAAGGGCAACACAGAGUGAAUAUCGCUAAUCUUAUUGGACAUCUUUCACGUUACACAUCAAAUGGCCUCGGUUAGUUGUUGCGAGAAAUAAAUAAAUAUAAAAAAAAAGCUGUGUAGACAAAAAUUUGAUAAAGAGCUUAAAGAAAAAGGGUAAGGGUAAAAGGGACGAGGCAUUUUAGCGUACUCACACACUGCCUCUGUGACUACCACAGCCAGCCCCAGUGCAUUUAUUGGAACCUCUCUUUGCACUUUAUAUGUCAUUUUACCUUUAUUGUAGUGUUUGUUCUUAUUGUGCAAGAUUCUUGCACUUAUUCUGCAACUCAUUUCAGGACGGAAUCAUUUUAGCUUCUGAUGUUUUGAUUUUGCAAACUUUAGCAUCUAGUUACUUCUCUGGUUAAGACUAAAAGGCAAAGCAGACAUCAAAUACAAUAUUUUUUUUUGUUAGUGGGAUUUGUAAAGACAGCACUUAAAUAUGUUACUUUUUUUCUAAACCCAGCAACUUUAUCCUUUUGUUUUUGCUCAUCUCAGUAGUAGGGGGCGUUCUACAGAACAACUGGAUCAUGUUUGUGUUGUAGAAUUUGAAUUGUUUUAUGAAUCACUUAUGCCUUUUUCUAAUCUUUUUUUUUUACUGUACAUCAUUUAAAAGCAUCGCCGAUUCACUAAAGAAAGCUCAUAAUUAGAUGUUCAUUGUUUUAAAAUUUAAGGCUGUGCAAUGGCGUCAGAAAUAGACCUUUUAGAAAACAUUAACUAUUUUGAAAUACCAGCUUACAAAGCUGAUUCUAAACUCUAAAGAGACUAUUUUCCUAAAAUGUGUAGGAGCUGCUGCUUAUUCGAAAAAUUAAAUGUACCAAAGUAUUUGUUUUGCUUCACAGUAAUCCCCCUUCGAGAUGCACCUUGCAUCAUUUCUGUAUAGAUGAAAUAAACUUUUAUUUUUUCUUGGA